AUGGCUGAUGUGAACGCAGACUGGGAGCAGCAGAACGGGAAGCGACGCGCAGGUCGAGAGUCUUUGAUUCAGCGGAAGCCGAUCGGUGGGCAAACGAGCGUGCGACACGUGGUCCCGUACUCGUGGCGCAUAGCAUCAUGUGUGCUCGUCCUUCUCCUCGCUACGCAAAGCCCGCCACGUGUCGCCUCCAUAGACGUGGAGGGCGGGCUGGGAGGCGCGGAGGACCCGUGGGGGUGGGCGUAUCGGGAGGAGGUGUGCGGCGCAUGGCACACCAACUACACCCAUCUGCACCGCAUCAUCCGCUCCGCCGCGCGCCAGCUCGUGCAGGCCCGCCAGACUGACUCGGCUGGCACCAGUGGUGCUGCUGGGGGAGGAAGGGGGCAUGGGGACGGGGUCUGGGAAGCGCGGAAUGACGAGGAGGGAGGUGGAGGGGGUGGCGGGGACGGGGAAGGCGGCGGCGAGGCGGCGCGCAUGGCGGGCAUGGUGCGGUUUGCGACGUACUCGUGUGAGUCGCUGGCGCGGUGUGGCGGCGUGGGCGACGUGCUGCUGGGCGUGUUCUCCACGUUCCUCAUCGCGCUGCUGCAGGACCGCGCCCUCGUGCUCAGCCACCCGCUGCUGCACCACGCCUUCCUCCCCGCGCACGUCAACUGGACCCUCGAUGACGACGUGCCCUGGGGGGCGGGCCGGGAGCUCGACCCCAACAACCCCACCGAUGGUGCGCAGCAGCAGCAGCAGCCGCCGCCGCACCAUGCGGGGGACUUUGGGGACGUGGCCAGGUGGACAGCGCUGGGAUGCCUCACCCUUACUUCCUGCACGCUUCUCCUCUUUUGCUCCACCCUUUCAAUCCCAGCCUCUCUGCGUUCUUCGUCCUCCAUUUCUUCCUUCCCCUCUAUACCUCGCCCUCACCCUUACCUCCCCCUACCUCUCGAUGCCUCCCUCGUCCUGCAUGCAGAGGCGCAGCCAGGAGAGGUGACGGACGUGAAUCUGCAGGACACGGUGCCGCCCAGCCCCGAGGCGUUCUUCGCGCGCCACGAGGCAGCGGCCAACAUGCGAGUGCGGUGGAACCGCGGGGUGGCCACGCGCCUCUUCAGGGAGGGCGGCGACUGGAGCCGCCUGCUGCACCGCCUCGGCCUGCGCCUGCCCGUCUCCUUCGGCUGCGUCAUCCGCUUCCUGCUCAGGCCCAAGCUGGAAGUGUUGAGGGCGGUGGAGCAGCAGAUGAGGGAGGUGGAGCGGCCGGGGGUGAGCAGCAUCUGCAUCCACACGCGCACGCCCGACGAGAUGACGUGGACCAAUCGAGGGGAGGUGCUUGGUGGGGAGAAUGACGCUGCUGCAGAGCUGCUGGGAUGGGCCAGAAACAAGCUCUUGGCAUGUGCACAGAAGGUGGAGGAUUUUUGGAUCCCGGGGGAUGUGGCGGUGCGGUGGGUGUUUCUGAGCAACUCGCGGGACAUCAAGGAGGCGGUGCUGGCGCAGUACGGCGACAGCAAGGUGCUCACCACGGGCAUCACGCCGCUGCACACCGCCAUGGUGCGCGCGGCAGCGGCGCGUGUGGCGUCGUGGCAGACGUCGGUGGCGGAGUGGGUGCUGCUGACGCGCUGCUCGCUCUUCGUGGUCACCGAGUCGGGCUUCUCCAAGACCGCCGCACUCUUCUCGCUGCGCCCCCUCGCCAUCUACCUGCUCGCGCGCCACCACUACCGCAGCGCGCGCAACCAGUGGACCGACUCCUGCGACCCCGAGAGGCCCGCCUCCUUCGCCCUGCUGGGCGAGCGCUGGAGCGGCAUCUGA